ACCCUAAAAUAGCUUCAAUCGCGAGCAUUGCUGAGCAUCCGGGUUAAAGAUCAGAUCCGGUCAAAGUCGUGAUAAGCACCGGAUUAGUGCCGGAUCCUGUUUGAGGACAGUUCCUGCUGGUGUUCGCAUAACGCUUCAAUUACGCCGUCUGGUGUCGGACAUAGCAGACAAACACUAGCUGUUACUGGCCUUUGUGUGGGGCACGUGGAAGAACCAACGUGUGGCGUUAAACUGGCAUCGUUCACCGCGACACCGCAGCAGACGCCCGUGAGAAUGUCGCGCAAACGACCACGUGACAGUUUGAGUGAUAUGCCAGGCAGCGCUAACACCAGCAGCACCGGUCGCUUGACAAUCGAUGAGACGGUUUCGAUCACGAUCGACCCAAACGGAGAGUUGGAAGAUCGAUUGGCCACGCAGGAGCAGCAACAGCUUUCGCCACAGGUACAGGAUGUUGCUACGGCUGUGUCAGCUGAUGGUACCGCUGAUAGUAUGAACGGCAGCAGCAGGCGUUUCAGCAGCAUCCGAAUCGUGGACGAAGGUAUCGAACCAGGCCAUGCCGAUAAUUUCUGGCCGCCAAACAAUGACGGUGCGCAGAAUGGACAUGUGAAUUUCGCCCAAACAGCAGCGGAACGUCCCAGUUCGUCCGAUCCGGCGUCGCCUCCAUCACUUUCGUCGAAUGGUUCAUCUUCCGUGGCCACAUCAUCCGGAUUCGCCAGCCAACAGGCAACGAGCGGAGUCGAGCAUAGCCCACCGGUGACCAUCUGCAAACAGGCACCAUACUCCACAGAAUUGGACGCUAUAAGGGAGCGUGAGCGAUGCGAUUAUUCACAGAAAAUAACCUACCAGAUGGCCCGUUCAGGAACUGUGCCACGUAUGAUUCGAGUGUACGCAGACGGUAUUUAUGACCUUUUCCACCAGGGACAUGCGAGACAGCUGAUGCAGGCCAAAAACGUCUUUCCCAACGUGUACCUGAUCGUUGGAGUUUGCAACGAUAAACUGACCCACAGCCGGAAGGGUCGAACGGUGAUGAACGAUGAGGAGCGUUACGAAGCGGUUCGACACUGUCGCUACGUUGAUGAGAUUGUGCGAGAUGCUCCCUGGGAGUUGGAUGAUGAGUUUAUAGAGAAGCAUAAAAUUGAUUUUGUGGCCCACGAUGAAAUACCGUACAGCACGGACGAUUGCAAUGAUGUGUAUGCAAAGAUCAAGGCCAAAGGCAUGUUUGUGGCCACCGAACGAACGGAAGGUGUGUCUACAUCGGACAUUGUGGCACGGAUCGUGAAGGAUUACGAUAUUUAUGUGCGUCGCAAUCUGGCCCGUGGAUACACAGCCAAGGAGCUGAACGUGUCGUUCCUGUCGGAGAAAAAGUUCCGCUUCCAGAACAAAAUGGUCGAACUAAAGGAUAAGGUGCGAAAGGGCAAGGACGAUUUCAUUACCAAAUGGGAAGAACGAUCGACCGAUCUGAUUAAAACGUUCCUGCUGAUGUUUGGCAAAGAGCGAAUCUCAAUGUUUUUGUCCGACUCGAAGCAACGCAUCCGUUCGGCCCUCAGUCCUCCGGGUAGUCCGGGCAGUGGCAGCAAUCACAGCUUGAACGAUUGUGAAGAUGAUUUGGAAAGUCCCGAUUCCAUGCUCGAUUCGCCUCCGAGUAAGCGCUCGAAUGUGUUCAGAAAUCGCCACCAUCUGCUUUCCGAGGAGGAUGACGAGGAACACGCUUUGUAUGGAUCACGUUCACCAGCGCCAGUGCUUGAAGACGACGAAGAUGACGAUGACGACGAUGAUGAGGCGUAUCUGGACACACGCUCGAGGCCAUCAUCCAAUUACAACAUUUCUCUUAUGGCUGGCGGUGACGGGAAUGGUGCCGGCACCACGCUCAAUAGCAGUAGUAGUAGCGGAAGUCGAAGCUAUGGCAAUCGUAACUACUAAUCAUUAGCGCCAGAGUGCUGGCAAGAAAGAGUGUCCACUUAGUACAGAUGUGGGGAAAUGUACUGUCAAACCAGUUUGACAUCCCUGAACAACAGGGAAGUAGAGAUUAGUUUCGGUAGAGGGCGGUAGCAAUCGCGCUCUAGAUAUACAAAUGAUUCCGAGCCGAAGGGCCUCUUUUUUAUCGGAUUCAUGAAAGUAAGCGGAAAUAAAUUUGGAAAUGUCGGAUUUUAAAAUAACAAGCCUGCACAAUUUUAACAAGUUGCGAUUUUCCUGUCACUGGGGGUCAAUCCAUGCUUCUAAAUCGGGUUAAAAUCUUAAGCCUUUGCUUAAUAUUGCUGAGCAUUGCAUUCUGACACACUUUCUAACUAUUUAAGGCUGGCGCUUUUAAACUCAUCGGAUUCCUCUCUCCAAUCAACCUUAGAUGGAAUCAAACAGUAUGUCAAAGCAGCAAAGGGUUAAGAUUUUAAACCGAUUUAAAAGCAAGGAACUCUCCAGUGACAUGAAAAUCGCAACUUUUUAAAAUUGUGCAGGCUUGUUAUUCGAAAAUCCGACAUCUACCGUUAGCUACUCUCAAGUGUAGUACGAAUUUCCCUCGGAUUUGCGUUGUUGCCCGCUGCUGUUACCUGAACUAUCUGUGCACUGGUUUGGUAGGCGAUAGCUAGGUGAAGAGAAACGAACUAAACGCUUUGAAAACCCUUGCCCGCCAAAUUACAGCUACCUAUAAAUAGUCAAAUAUGACGCUAAAUCAUAUUUAUCGGCCACAUUAUACAAUCCGCCAUCUCGUGUGUGCAGCGUUCGCCAGAGUAUCCUUUUGAGUAUUAACUUUGAUGAGACACGACAAUAUAGCGAGAGGUUUGAAGCGUUUUGUUGCACGGAGAAAGUAACCCAAGCAUGGUAGAAAAAUUACAAAACGAACAUUCUUUACAGAGAUUAGUUGGUAAUGGAGUGCAGAAGGUACACUUUGCCAUCCACAAGUGCGACAGAGGUAACCGAAUCAUUUAGCAAAUGUUAGUACCGCUAUGUAACGCAUUCUCAGGGAUCAAGCGAACGGAAGAAGGGAUGUGCGUUCAUAAACAGUUAUGGCAGAUUGGACUAGACAAAUGGCAAAAAGUGGCGGUUCGUAAUGAAGGUAAAAUACGGUACCCCGCCUAAAGGUUGAAUGCUUGCAAAAUAUGCCAGAGUACAAGAAUACAGAGGCAAACAUAAUUCGUAGGAAAGCGUGGGUUGGUUACGCACUAAAUUAUUAUUCGAAGGUUAUAUCUAUAAUUAUAUUUAUUGUAUCUUUUGAUUUUUGCUUCUAUUACGAUCGAAAAUGGCAACAACAAAAAGUGGAAAAAACAUGAUUUGUAACUAAUCUGCUGUGAGUGGAGGAGAGUAGUAAUGUAAUGGACAGGUCGGUAUCGGUAUGAAAUUAUUGUCCUUUUUGCCGGGUUUGUGGUGUAAGAAGACUAUGCGGAAUCGUGUAAAGUAAUGUAGUGGGUGUAUGUCGCUACGACGAAAAUAAUAGUGGAGAGAGAAAAAUGCGAAAAAUCUAUACAUUCACACACUGUUGAGAAAAAGUUUCCACAUCGAAGAUUUCGGUUAAAGGUGUUUUUUGAGUCUGAUAACUUAUGUACCAAUUAGUUUGCACACUGAGAAAUGUGAUAUCUUUGGGUGCGUUGUAAGCAAUGAUUCGAUGUUGUUUUGAAAGGCGAUAAACUCUCGAUGGUACUAUAUUUUUUAGUGGCCACAAAAAUCAAGCGUGAAUCGAUUGGCCAUUGGUCAGCACUAUCGAAUGCAUGAGGUCAGUAGUUUUACGGAUUUGUUACUAUUGUGUUAGCUGGCAGUUAGUGUUAAUUAUUUACUUGUUUCAACCUGACAUUUUGCACCAGGUUGCAGUACGGUUUCUUAUAAUGAAAUGCGAACGAAGGUCGCGUUCAUUGCCAGCUGUGGAUAGUGUUGGGUUUUCUCUUUAAUUUAUUGUUGCUUAUCAUACAAUAUUUGCUAUUAGACGCAUUCUGAUAGUUGAUUUCUCUUCGAGCGUUCUAAAUCGUGCAUUUCAAUAGUGAUUUUUCGGUGAAACCGACGGGGUAACUACGUGUGUCAGCCCACCGUUCAAUGCUGCUGAACCAUUACACCGAACAAAACCGAUGCGCCAUGCGAAAGUGUCUGCGCAUAUAAGCGGACUAGUACUAGUGAUGUGUUGCACCAUAAUCGGAACUUGAAAGUUAACUUUUUGCAUAGAAUGUGUAUAUGGGGUUGGUGGAUGAAAUUGUUGGUUAAUGAUUAAACUACAGCGUGCAAACGAAAUUAACGAAAUGAGUAUGCAUUACGAACACCGACGAUCCCGGCACACUCCUUGUUGACUGAAACGAUAAACAUUCACGAAGAAAAAAAGGGCAAAUUUUGCAAUUUUGCACCAUAACGAGAAAUGACAACCAAACAAAACCUAAUUCUUAAAUCUCACCCCGUGUUACACCGAUUCCCAUAAUAACCACGUAGAUUGUAGUGCAUUUUCCGCAAGCUCUACCGAUAACGGCAGUUGCGAGAAUUGUGUCGUAGGUAGCGUAGCAAUUCCAACACAAUUCACCUUACAAUCCAAAGCAAAUAGAUCAUUGCCGAUUGCAACCGGCUAGUUUACAAAGCUAGCACAUUGUUAUGAGGAAAACAUUAAAAUAAAGAACACAAAAAUCGUUCAAUGAAUUUGUUUUAUUACGGUGGCUAGGGAUAUAUUAUUGUUGCGUGUUAAUGGAGAUUUUCUUUCCGUUUUGCUUGUAAAUUAAAUAAUGUUGCUAUACUUACUACUAAGGGUUAUUAGCUUCUAAGUAAGCUAGA